CCAACUUGUAGAAAGAAAUAAUUCAUCAUGUCUCUCGUUGACAAAAUCAAGGAAGUUGAAAAUGAGAUGGCCAAGACCCAAAAGAAUAAGGCUACGUCUUAUCAUUUGGGUCAACUCAAGGCAAAACUCGCCAAGCUGAAGCGUGAUUUGCUUAUGCCCACCAGUGGUGGUGGAGGAGGUGGUGGUGUCGGUUUCGAUGUCGCCAAGACUGGUGUGGCUCGUAUUGGUUUCGUUGGUUUCCCUUCCGUCGGUAAAUCCACUCUCAUGUCCAAGCUUACUGGCACUCACUCUGAAGUCGGUGCCUACGAGUUCACAACCUUGACCACUGUUCCUGGUGUUGUUCAAUAUAAGGGUGCUAAACUUCAGAUUCUCGAUCUUCCUGGUAUUAUUGAAGGUGCCAAGGAUGGCAAGGGUCGUGGUCGUCAAGUUAUUGCUGUCGCCCGUACUUGUUCGCUUAUCUUCAUUGUGUUGGAUGUUCUCAAGCCAAUGACUGAUAAGAAGAUCAUUGAGAAGGAAUUGGAAGGUUUCGGUAUUCGUUUGAACAAGAAGCCCCCAGCCAUUAUCUUCAAGAAGAAGGAAAAGGGUGGUAUUUCGAUCACAAACACCGUUCCUUUGACACACAUUACUCCCGAAGAAGUCAAGGCUGUCUUGAGUGAAUACAAGAUCCACAAUGCUGAUAUUACUUUCAAGGAGGAUAACACCAUUGAUGAUUUGAUUGAUGUUGUCGAGGCUAACCGUAUCUAUAUCCCCUGUAUCUAUGUUUUGAACAAGAUUGAUCAGAUCUCCAUUGAGGAAUUGGACCUUAUCUACAAAAUUCCCAAUGCUGUGCCAAUCAGUUCACACCACGAAUGGAACUUUGACGAGUUGUUGGAAACUAUGUGGAAGAAAUUGGCUCUUGUAAGAAUUUACACCAAGCCCAAGGGACAACUUCCCGAUUAUGAGGAACCAGUUGUCAUGACAUCAGACAAAUCAUCCGUAGAAGAUUUCUGUAACAACAUUCACAAGUCCAUUAUGGAACAAUUCAAGUGUGCCUAUGUCUGGGGUUCUUCUGUAAAGCAUAACCCCCAGAAGGUCGGUAAGGAACAUAUCCUUCAGGAUGAGGAUGUCGUUCAGAUUGUGAAGAAGAUUUAAUUAUAAAACACUCAAAAAAUUAAUAAACGAAUAUUACAUAUAUAUAUGUAUGUAUGUAUAAAUAUAUAUAUGUAAAUGAACAUAUAAAGAAAUAAAGAAAUAAAUGUAAAAAAAGUACAAUUCAAUCUACAUAUCCAU